AUGCGAUCGAUCGGAGGAAGCGAAAAGGAGCAGCUUGAGGUGAUGAAAUUUCGACGAGAGAUGGCUGAUGUGAACGCAGACAGGGAGCAGCAGAACGGGAAGCGACGCGCAGGUCGAGAGUCUUUGAUUCAGCGGAAGCCGAUCGGUGGGCAAACGAGCGUGCGACACGUGGUCCCGUACUCGUGGCGCAUAGCAUCAUGUGUGCUCGUCCUUCUCCUCGCUACGCAA